UCACUUCUCUUUCACUGCUUCUUCUUACCUCUCAUCAUUCAAAUUUUUCUUUUUUUUAUUAUUCAUAAUUCAUUUAUUCAUUUAUUUUCACACUCUUUCUAAUUCUCAUAAUAAUGAUAAUUAAUUAUUACUCUGGCGUUUUCUGAACAAGCUCUUUCUGUGACUCUCUCUACUCUGAGAUCUGAUAAUAGCGGUUUCUCAUAAGCAUUAUGAGCCAAGAUACAUGGAUUGUUAACAAGGCUGGUCAAUGAAGAACUCAUAAUGAGUGGGUUAGGGUGGAAUCACAGUCCAUGGGCACCCCUGACAAGAAGAUAUCUGAUAUUGUUGAUGUAGUUAGGUCCUGGAUCCCUCGAAGGAUUGAGCCACCAAAUGUGUCGAGGGACUUUUGGAUGCCAGAUCAAAGCUGUAGGGUAUGCUACGAGUGUGAUUCACAUUUCACUGUAUUCAACCGUAGGCAUCACUGUAGAAUCUGUGGUCGUGUUUUUUGUGCAAAAUGUACUGCCAAUUCUGUUCCUGCGUCUUUGCAUGAUCCAAAUACUACUCGUGAAGAUUGGGAAAGGAUUAGGGUUUGUAACUAUUGCUUUAAACAAUGGGAGAAGGGAGUAGCAGCAGUUGAUAAUGGCACUCCCUCAGCCAUUCCUUGUCUCAGCCCUUCACCUUCUUCAACAAGCUUGGUCAGCUCUAAGUCUAGUUGCACCUGUCACAGUAGUAGCAGCACUGCCGGUUCAGUUCCUUGUUCAACCGGAUCUUAUCAGUGUGUGCCUUGUAGUCCACAUCAAUCUACCCAAUUGAAUCUGAUAAUGGAUGAGCAAGAAAAUUUAAAUUCCGAGAGGAGCCCUAAUGCCUCUCUGGCUGUAGAGAAUUUGAAUUCUAACCAAUAUGGCUAUUGCUUCAACAGGAGUGACGACGAGGAUGAUGAUUAUGGUGUUUACCAUUCUGAUACAGAAUCAAGACCUUAUUCUCGCAUCAAUGACUAUGACGACCUAGUUAACAUUCAGGGGAUUGACCGUGUCUAUGGACCACAUAUAAGGCAUUCUGAUGGAGAUAACAGUCAGGAAAGAAGUUCGAAUUGUGUAGAGGCACCACAAAAUCUUGAGCUAGAAGGUGCAGAUGGAGUUCAAGCACUGGGAAAAGAAGCUGAUGAGCAUGAUCAUACUGAUGGAUGCGAAACAUCUCCCUAUCAGGAGGAGGCUAAUAAUUUGGAGCCUGUGGAUUUUGAGAAUAACGGGCUUCUGUGGCUACCUCCAGAGGCGGAGGAUGAAGAGGAUGAUAAAGAAGCUGUUCUUUAUGAUGAUGAUGAAGAUGAAGGUAGUACUGGAGAAUGGGGAUAUCUACGUUCCUCCUCUAGCUUUGGUUCUGGAGAAUUUAGCAGCAGAGAUAAAUCAGGUGAUAAUAGGAAGGCCAUGAAGAAUGUUGUGGAAGGGCAUUUUAGAGCUCUGGUAGCUCAGCUUUUGCAGGUGGAAAGCCUAACUGUUGAUGACGACGGAAAAGAGAGUUGGUUGGAUAUAAUUACCACUCUGUCUUGGGAAGCUGCAACCCUUCUGAAGCCUGAUACGAGCAGGGGUGGAGGUAUGGAUCCUGGUGGAUAUGUAAAGGUUAAAUGCAUAGCUUGUGGGCAUCGAAAUGAAAGUUUGGUGGUUAAAGGCAUAGUUUGUAAGAAGAAUGUGGCUCAUCGGCGAAUGACAUCAAAAAUUGAUAAACCACGUUUUCUAAUACUUGGAGGUGCUUUGGAGUAUCAACGUGUUUCUAACCAGUUAUCAAGUGUUGAUACAUUGUUACAGCAGGAGAUGGACCAUUUGAAGAUGGCAGUUGCGAAGAUUGAUGCUCAUCACCCCAGUGUUCUUUUGGUAGAGAAGUCAGUAUCUCGUUAUGCUCAAGAAUACCUUCUUGCUAAAGACAUAUCUCUUGUUCUGAAUAUCAAAAGGCCACUUUUAGAACGUAUUGCCCGUUGUACCGGGGCACAGAUCGUCCCUUCAAUUGAUCAUUUGACCUCCCCAAAACUGGGUUACUGUGAAAAGUUCCACGUCGACAAGUUCUUUGAGGAACAUGGUAGUGCUGGACAAAUUGGGAAAAAAUCAACGAAAACUUUGAUGUUCUUUGAGGAUUGCCCGAAACCGCUGGGUUGCACGAUCUUGCUCAAAGGAUCAAAUGGGGAUGAGUUGAAGAAGGUGAAACAUGUAGUCCAAUAUGGAGUCUUUGCAGCCUAUCAUUUGGCGCUGGAAACAUCUUUUCUGGCAGAUGAAGGUGCUUCACCCCUAGAGCUUCCCUUAAAAUCUCCCAUAACCGUUGCACUACCUGAUAAACCUUCUAGUAUUGUAAAAUCCAUUUCAACAAUCCCUGGAUAUUCUGCUGUCACUGGUAGAGAGCAUCAGGGUGCUGGAACUAACAAAGAAGUACUGAAAUGUAAUGAUGGGUACAAGGCACAUAGAACCUCAUCUUGCUGCAGUGGAUCCAUUGAAAGAUCACUGGUGGGUGAACCUAUCAACAGUGUUGCUUGUGAGAAGGAUGGCAAAGAACGUCCCAAGGAAUCUGUACAUUACAGACAAGAUGAAGGAACAAAGACAAUGAUACGCGCUGAUCUUAUUUCAGAUUUCUUUGGCACCUUUGAGCCUUCCGGGAGAGAUGGCAAUAACCACAUCAAAGCUGUAGCACUGGCUUCAAAUCUAGGAGCUGAUCCCGAGUCACCUAUUGUAAAACAUGAUGAUGACAAUAAUUUUGAUAAUGACAUGAUACAUUCACAAGAAGAUUUUCCUCCCUCAACUUCCGACCAUCAGAGUAUUUUGGUCUUCUUAUCAACACGUUGUGUGUGGAAAGGAACUGUUUGUGAAAGGUCCCAUCUUGUGAGAAUUAAAUACUAUGGAAGCUCCGAUAAGCCUUUGGGUCGAUUUUUGAGAGAUCAACUAUUUGAUCAGAGUUACACUUGCCGCUCAUGUGAAAUGCCACCGGAAGCUCAUGUUCAUUGUUAUACUCAUAGGCAAGGGAGCCUGACAAUUUCUGUUAAGAAACUAUCUGAGUUUCCUUUACCAGGGGAAAGGGAAGGUAAAAUCUGGAUGUGGCACAGGUGCCUGAAAUGUCCUCGUGUAAAUGGUUUUCCUCCUGCCACACGGAGAGUAGUUAUGUCUGAUGCGGCCUGGGGCCUAUCCUUUGGGAAAUUCUUAGAACUGAGUUUCUCAAAUCAUGCAGCAGCAAGCAGGGUUGCAAAUUGUGGUCAUUCUCUCCACAGAGACUGUUUAAGAUUCUACGGAUUUGGGAAGAUGGUUGCCUGCUUUCGCUAUGCUUCAAUUGACCUUCAUUCUGUUUAUCUUCCCCCAUCUAAACUAGAAUUCAACUGUGAUGGUCAGGACUGGCUACAGAAAGAAGUAGAUGAGGUACAUAACAAGGCUGAAAUACUGUUUAGUGAAGUGUGCAACGCUCUAAAUCAAAUUUCAGAGAAGUUUUCAGGUUAUGUGCUGCAGGAAGGUGGAAAUACAGUUGCAGAUUUUAGGCAUUUGAUUGCUGAACUUGAAGGAAUGAUGCAGAAAGAGAAAGAAGAACUUGAGGAAUUGUUACAAAAGUUUCUGCAUAAAGAAGCCAAAACUGGCGGACUCAUGGUUGAUAUUCUAGAGCUCUGUAAAUUGCGCCGGCAUAUCCUUAUUCUUUCUUAUGUUUGGGACCAGCGCUUGGUAUAUGCAUCCAAUCAAAGUAAAAUGACUUUUUCACAAGAUUCAAGGAACUCCUAUCAGAAAGAGAAAUCAAUUGGCUCUAAGGAAAAGGUUGUUGAUACAGAUGUGGCCACAAGGCCUGCAAGAGGCCAUAGCAGUUCUGAUUUUUCUCUUUUGAAAACAAAACCUAAUGGAAACCUUGAUUUAGAAAACACUAGCCACCUUAGCCAGUCUGGUGAAAUGAUCAAAGGUGAGGACAAAAGUAAAGACACCGCCCAUGUUAAGUUUGAUCUUUCCCUCUCUCCUGGCACAAAUAUCAAUGAUAAAUCUAACUAUUCGGAGUUUGGAGGAUCUGCACGGAGGAGAUCUUCGUCUGAAGGAGGGUCUCGUAAUGUGGCCGAUUUAUCUGAUACCCUUGAUGCAGCAUGGACUGGUGAAACUCACCCAGAAAAUGAACUAUACAAGGAAAAUGGUUGUCAUGUUUCUGAUAUGGAAGCUGCGAUGGUUCAAUCACCUACGGAAAAAGUUACUGCAAAAUCCAAUCUUGAUAACUAUACUGCUGAUAUAGGUGGGAUUGAAACAGGCUACACUCAUGACUCUAGAUUGCAUUCCAAAGGACUUGAUAUUAGAUGGGCUGGGAUGCCUUUUGCUAAUUCAUGCUCUGUAAACAAAACUUCAGCCUUCAAUACACAGAAGCUUGUUGAUUACAACUUUGUCCACAUUUUAUCAUUUCGAGAGUUGGACCGCCAGACUGGUGCUAGACUGCUUCUGCCUGCUGGCAUUAAUGAUACAAUAGUGCCUGUCUAUGAUGAUGAACCUACUAGUGUUAUAGCACACGUGCUUGUAUCAAAAGAUUAUCAUAUCCAGAUGUCAGAAUCUGAUAGACCUAAAGACAGUUUAGACAGUUCAGUUUCUUUACCACUAUUUGACUCUACGAGCCUACUUUCUCUCAACUCUUUUGAUGAGACUAUUACUAAUAGUUACAGAUCUUCUGAUGAGAGCACGACGUUAUCCACAUCAGGGUCUAGAAGUUCACUGCUUGGGGAUUCAUCCCUGUACUCAAAGGAUUUUCAUGCAAGGGUUUCUUUUAAUGAUGACAGCUCGCUUGGAAAAGUGAAAUAUACUGUAACUUGCUACUAUGCAAAGAGAUUUGAGGCUCUAAGAAGAACUUGUUGCCCUACUGAACUAGAUUUUGUGCGGUCCCUUAGCCGUUGUAAAAAGUGGGGGGCUCAGGGAGGAAAGAGUAAUGUUUUCUUUGCAAAGACUCUCGAUGAUAGAUUUGUUGUCAAGCAGGUUACAAAGACAGAGCUUGAAUCAUUUAUCAAGGUUGCACCAGCUUAUUUUAAAUAUUUAUCCGAGUCAAUCAAUACAGGAAGCCCAACCUGUCUAGCAAAGAUCUUGGGCAUUUAUCAGGUAACAUCAAAGCAUCUCAAAGGAGGGAAGGAGACAAAAAUGGAUGUUCUUGUCAUGGAAAAUCUUCUUUAUCGGCGGAACAUCAGGCGGCUUUAUGACCUCAAAGGUUCUUCUAGAUCAAGGUACAAUCCAGAUACAAGUGGGAGCAAUAAAGUUCUUCUGGAUCAGAAUCUCAUUGAAGCUAUGCCAACCUCUCCAAUAUUUGUUGGGAACAAGGCAAAACGGCUUCUUGAGAGGGCCGUGUGGAAUGAUACUGCAUUCCUUGCUUCAAUAUAUGUGAUGGACUACUCAUUGCUGGUUGGCGUGGACGAGGAGAAGCAUGAGCUGGUUUUAGGCAUCAUUGAUUUUAUGAGGCAAUAUACAUGGGACAAGCACCUUGAAACCUGGGUUAAGACCUCGGGCAUUCUUGGUGGACCCAAGAAUACUUCUCCAACUGUUAUAUCACCACAGCAGUACAAGAAACGGUUCAGAAAAGCAAUGAGCUUAUAUUUUCUUAUGGUGCCGGAUCAAUGGUCUCCUCCAAGCUUACAAACUAGUGAAUCUCAAACCGACCUUUGUGACGAAAAUUCAUGAGGUGGGGCUCAUUUGUUUUAUAUGUUCAAAAUUUAUAUCUUGUAAAUGUUAAGAUAAAGAUUGCAGCUUCCAUUCAUGCCUGUUCUCUUUUUCUUUAUACCCUCAAUAUAUGUCUGCUGCAUUGUAUUAUAUGAUGAAUGCAGGUGUAAAUUUUUGUUGCUUAGAAAAAACAUGGUUGGUGCAUGUUGAAAGGGUAUGGUGGAUCAUUUCUGUCAAGGUUAAAUGUACAGUGAUUAUUUUAUCCCUCUCAA